AUGAAAACCACAGGGGGUCUAAAGUGCAAAUCUCGAAUCCCACCCAUCCACCCCAGUUAUUCUCAACAAAUGGCUUUCUCUACUAACUACAUAGAUCCUCACCUCUGCCACAGCAUGUACUAUCACCACCAGCAGCUCAGUGGGAUAUCUCCUAAUUCAUCAUCUUCCCAUCAUGGUUCUGCCACACUCGACACCUACUUCCCAGAUGACGCCGCCACUGCACAGACCGUUACCUCAACUGGCCUCAUUGUUCGUCGUGAAACACAAUUCUAUCAACAGACACCGAUAACCACACAACCACAGUCGAUAAGCAAUUCCUAUCCUCAUGUCUGUCAAUGGAUGGAAGUAGAGGGUAAAAUUUGCGGAAUGCGUUUCCUCUCCAUCAAUGAAAUGGUGAAUCAUUUGGCAUUGGAUCACGUGGGUGGACACGAAAAGACUAGCCAUACUUGCUACUGGUUCAACUGUUCUCGUAAUGGUCAGGCAUUCAAGGCUAAGUACAAACUGGUUAAUCAUAUUCGAGUUCAUACUGGUGAAAAGCCGUUCAAUUGUCCCUUUCCUGGGUGUUACAAGGUUUUCGCGAGGGCAGAGAAUUUGAAAAUUCACAAAAGGACGCACACUGGUGAAAAGCCGUUUCUUUGCGAGUUUGCCGGUUGCUAUCGUCGCUUUGCCAAUAGUUCAGAUCGCAAGAAACACAUGCACGCUCACUGGAAUGAAAAACCAUAUUGCUGCAGAUAUCAGGGGUGCAACAAGACCUAUUCCCAUCCCAGUUCCCUCCGUAAACACAUGCGCGCCCAUGGCACAGAGGAUCAUCAGUCAGCUAGCCCUCAGCCACCUCCAGUUUCUCAACCGACCAAAUCUGAACACAGCUGGUAUUACUGCAACAAUAACAAUACCUAUCUACCUGAAUGCGGAUCUUCAAUUUAUCCUCCUGGAGAAACCUACUCGGCUCUUAACGGUAGCUAUCUUUCAGGUCCACCAGUAGCAUAUUCCCAUCCAGAACCUGGAAGCAUUUCAAAUGCAGCGCUAUGUAAUGAUUAUGAAAACGAUCCCUAUAGAGCCUAUGAGGAAGUACCGAUGGACUCAAUGCAAACACUAAAUGUCAAAGAGGAAGUGGUGGAUCGGGGUUAUUCCUAUACAUGGGAAAAUAUGGAGUUGAAGAGAAUGGAGGGCAGUUACCCUGGGUCAUAA